GAGAGAGAGAGAGAGAGGGAGAGAGAGAAGUGGCGCAAGGCGAACCGAACUCAGCAAGGGAGGCAUGGCGGCGGCGGCGGCGGCGAGGCAGACGGUGUGCGUGACCGGCGCCGGGGGCUUCAUCGCCUCGUCGCACGUCGAGCUGCUCCUCUCCAGGGGCCACUACGCGGUCCGCGGCACCGUGCGCGAUCCAGGUGAUGCCAAGAAUGCUCAUCUCAAGGUGCUAGAAGGAGCCGGGGAGAGGUUGCAGCUGUUCAAGGCGGAUCUGUUGGACUAUGGCAGUGUAGCUUCAGCAGUUUCUGGCUGCGAGGGUGUCUUCCAUGUCGCCAGCCCUGUACCCUCUGGCCGCUCCUUGAACCCUGAGGUAGAGGUCAUAGCCCCUGCUGUAACAGGCACACUUAAUGUGUUGAAAGCCUGCUAUGAGGCAAAGGUUAAGCGCGUUGUCAUGGUCUCUUCAAUUGCUGCCGUGUUCAAUAAUCCUAACUGGCCUAAGAAUAAGGCUUUCACUGAAGACAGUUGGUCAGAUGAGGAGUUAUGCAGAAAAAAUCAGGAUUGGUAUUACCUUUCGAAAACAUUAGCAGAGCAUGAGGCUUCUGCUUAUGCAGCAAAAACAGGGCUGGACAUCGUAACUAUUUGCCCAUCAUUGGUGAUUGGACCCUUGAUGCAACCUACAGUAAACUCGAGUAGUAAAGUUCUCCUUAAUUAUUUCAAAGGAGAUCGUGAUACUGUUGAGAAUAGACUCCGUAAUGUAGUGGAUGUUCGUGAUGUUGCAAAUGCUCUUCUUUUGGCAUAUGAAAAUCCAGGAGCAUCUGGACGAUACAUCUGCAGCUCAGCUCCAAUAAAAGUCUCUGAUAUGAUAAAUAUAUUAAAGGCCUUGUAUCCAACUUAUACUUAUCCCAAAAACUUUGUUGACGUCGAAGAGAACAUCACAUACAGUUCUGAGAAACUUCAGAAGCUUGGCUGGAUUUUCAGGCCUAUUGAGGAAACCCUCCGGGACAGUGUGGAAUCCUACAAAGCAUUUGGCAUCCUUAACUGAGCAUCCAAAAUUUGAAAAGCUUCAUUUGUUAAACUCAUCAUGAUUCUUGUAACCAUCGGAACUGAAACAGAUUAAAUCUGUGAUGAGGUCAACCGAGUCAAUAAGAAACCAUUGUGAAAA